AUGGGUUGGUUUAGCGAUUCCUCUGACCAAGCGAGUGCCUACGACCAGCUCCUCAACACACCCGAUAGAGCUAAACUUCCUGAUGAACUCAUUGCCGCUGCCGCCUCAUAUGAAGCGGCGAAAGCGUACGAGAAUCAUUGUGCAGAAAAUGGUAAACUCACCAUCCGAGGAAUAAAGGCAACAAGAGUAACAUGUGCAGGAAAACCUGGAUCCCAUGCAGAAGCUAAAGAGCUUCUAGGUGCCGUUGCGGGGGCAUUCAUUGACAGAAUUGUUGAGACAAAAGGUAAAACAACACGCAUGCCAACAACUUGA